GGGGUCCUAGAGCCCCAGCAGCCCUUGGGGCGCAAAAGGCAUCCUGGGAGCGGUAGUUCUCCUGGGCGCCUAGUGUUGUCGCCCACGCGGCGAUAGCAGCUUCUGCGGCUCCAAGCCAGCGGUUCCUGUGAAGGCGAGCAGAGGCGGAGAAAGGACGCGGGAGUGAGAGAGGGUGAGUCAGCCACUGUCUAAACGAUAGAGGGAGGCGGCUCCUUGGGGUUGGGCUGAAUUCAGUAAAUGGGCUCGUGCUCCGGUUUCUUCGGACACGCUGCUACCUUAGCGUCAGCGAGGGAAGGGUGAGGAGGAGCCAGAGCCGGGUCCCGCAGCGGUUCUCGCCUUCAGCGCCCGUCGCCAUCUCCACCAUGCAGUCCCGGGAGGACGCCCCGCGCUCUCGCCGCCUCGCCAGUCCCCGCGGUGGGAAGCGGCCCAAGAAGAUUCACAUACCCACAGUUUCGGCCUUUUUCACGGGUCCAGAGGAACUAAAGGACACGGCCCAUUCUGCCGCCCUGCUGGCACAGCUCAAGUCCUUCUAUGACGCGCGGCUGCUGUGUGAUGUGACCAUCGAGGUGGUGACGCCUGGCAGCGGGCCUGGCACGGGUCGCCUGUUCCCCUGCAACCGCAACGUGCUAGCGGCUGCGUGUCCCUACUUCAAGAGCAUGUUCACAGGUGGCAUGUACGAGAGCCAGCAGGCCAGUGUGACCAUCCACGAUGUGGACGCCGAGUCCUUCGAGGUGCUGGUCGAUUACUGCUACACGGGUCGUGUGUCUCUCAGUGAGGCCAACGUGGAGCGCCUGUACGCGGCCUCUGACAUGCUACAGCUGGAGUAUGUGCGGGAAGCCUGUGCCUCCUUCUUAGCCCGACGUCUGGAGCUGACCAACUGCACUGCCAUCCUCAAGUUUGCAGACGCCUUUGGCCAUCGCAAGCUGCGAUCUCAGGCCCAGUCCUAUAUAGCUCACAACUUCAAGCAGCUCAGUCACAUGGGUUCGAUUCGGGAGGAGACUCUAGCAGAUCUGACCCUGGCCCAGCUGUUGGCUGUCCUGCGCCUGGAUAAUCUGGACGUGGAGAGUGAGCAGACAGUGUGCCACGUAGCAGUGCAGUGGCUGGAGGCUGCUCCCAAAGAGCGGGGUCCCAGUGCUGCAGAAGUCUUCAAGUGCGUGCGCUGGAUGCACUUCACUGAAGAAGAUCAGGACUACUUAGAAGGGCUGCUGACCAAGCCCAUAGUGAAGAAGUACUGCCUGGACGUUAUUGAAGGGGCCCUGCAGAUGCGCUAUGGUGACUUGUUGUACAAGUCUCUGAUGCCAGUGCCAAACAGCAGCAGCAGCAGCAGCAGCAGCAGCAGCAGCAACAACAACAACUCUGUCGUACCUGCAGCAGAAAAUCCACCUCAGAGGCUGGGUAUGUGUGCCAAGGAGAUGCUGAUCUUCUUUGGACACCCCAGAGAUCCCUUUCUUUGCUGUGAUCCGUACUCGGGGGACCUUUACAAAGUGCCCUCACCUUUGACCUGUCUUGCUCACACUAGGACUGUCACUACCUUAGCUGUCUGUAUCUCUCCAGAGCACGACAUCUACCUAGCUGCCCAGCCCAGGACAGAUCUCUGGGUGUAUAAACCAGGUCAGAAUAGUUGGCACCAACUUGCAGAUCGUAUGCUGUGUCGUGAGGGCAUGGAUGUAGCAUACCUCAAUGGCUACAUUUACAUUUUGGGGGGGCGAGACCCUAUUACUGGAGUUAAAUUGAAGGAAGUAGAAUGCUACAAUGUUAAGAGAAACCAGUGGGCACUGGUGGCUCCACUGCCCCAUUCGUUUUUAUCCUUUGACCUAUUGGUAAUUCGGGACUAUCUCUAUGCUCUCAACAGUAAGCGCAUGUUCUGUUAUGAUCCUAGCCAUAAUAUGUGGCUGAAGUGCGUUUCUCUGAAGCGCAAUGACUUUCAGGAAGCGUGUGUCUUCAAUGAGGAGAUCUAUUGUAUCUGUGACAUCCCAGUCAUGAAGGUCUACAACCCAGUUAGGGCAGAAUGGAGACAAAUGAAUAAUAUUCCCUUGGUGUCAGAGACCAAUAACUACCGGAUUAUCAAGCAUGGCCAAAAAUUGUUGCUCGUCACCUCUCGCACCCCACAAUGGAAAAAGAACCGGGUGACUGUGUAUGAAUAUGAUAUUAGGGGAGACCAAUGGAUUAAUAUAGGUACCACACUGGGCCUCUUGCAGUUUGAUUCUAACUUUUUUUGCCUCUCUGCUCGUGUUUAUCCUUCCUGCCUUGAACCUGGUCAGAGUUUCCUCACUGAAGAAGAAGAAAUACCAAGUGAAUCUAGCACUGAAUGGGACUUAGGUGGAUUCAGUGAGCCAGAGUCUGAGUCAGGAAGUUCAAGUUCUAUUUCUGAUGAUGAUUUUUGGGUGCGUGUGGCACCUCAGUGAAAUGCACAGGAUCAGCAGGGUUUGUUGUAACUGAAUUGAAACACUAAGUUGUUUUUACUGUUUUGGAAUAUAUCUUAAAUAUCCUUUUUGUUCCCAAAGGGGAGAAAAAGUUGAUUAGCUGGUUUGGUUUAGAAAAAAUAAUGUUUGAAAUAUGAGGGUAAUUUAAUACUACAAAUUUUAACACUCAAAGCAACCUUUUAAUAAUUUUCUCUGCGGAGAAUCCAGUGUUUAUUUAUUUAGUAAGUUUAUGUUUUAUAAAACUAAUUUAGUCUUUUGAUAAAUUUUACAUUUUGUUUAUUGCCAUAAGCACUGUGGCAGUAACUUUUGAAUUUUAAUUUUUAUAAUAGAAAAAGGAUUACGAAUUGCUAGGCAGUGUUUUGAAAGCAUAUCUUUUUCUUCAGAACAAUGUAGAUUUCCAAAAUGGUUAACCUAAAGGGUCUUUAUAAAAUAUAAGUUAAACAUAGUUUGGGAAGUUUUAGUUUUGUUUUCUUCUAUGAAGAAAAAAGUGCAGGCCAGGCGCAGUGGCUCACGCCUGUAAUCCUAGUACUUUGGGAGGCCUAGGUGGGUGGAUCACUUGAGGUCAGGAGUUCAAGACCAGCCUGGUCAAUAUAGUGAAACCCCAUCUCUACUAAAAAUACAAAAAAAAAAAAAAGAAUUAGCCAGACGUGGUGGCAUGUGCCUGUAAUCCUAGCUACUUGGGAGGCUGAGGCAGGAGAAUUUCUGGAACCUGGGAGGUGGAGGCUGCAGUGAGCCAAGAUUGGGCCACUGCACUCCCACCUGGGCGACAGAGCAAAACUGUCUCAAAAAAAAAAAAAAAAAGAAAGCAUAUGUGUAUUAGGGUGACUAAAUGGUGACUUCAUUUAUAAUAAUACAGAGAAUAACUAUAAGCUCACUGACAGUAAAGACAAACAACAAACUAGGAUUCCACUGUUUGAAAAGAAGUUUCAUUGUAAUUUUGGAAUUUAGAAUGUAUAUUUGCAAAGUGACCAAUUUUCAUCUAAAAAAGUAUAUGCUAGUUGUGUCACCAAAUCAUCUAAAAACUUAAAGAAAAAAAGUAACUUGCUUUGUGGGUUUGUAUUGUUGCUCUAAAGCUGAUACAUGCUUCAUUGAAUCAGAGGAGUAAUCCUCUUUUCCACUGAACAUGUAUAAAUUUCACUGGAUUGUAUACAUUUUUAUCUGUUGCCUUAAAAAAUUAUGUGAUUCUCAAUAUGUUUUACCUGCACAGUUUUGGUGUUCAUCUUAGAGAAUUCUACAGCAGAAGUGAUAUUUCUUUACUGUUUUGUGAGGUAAUACUGAUACUGAAAAUAUAUAUAAGCUAAAAACAGUACUUCAUUGAUAUCAGUAGUCAUUGUGUUAACUAUAAAGUCAAGUGCCAGCAAAGACCUUUAAAACUGUAAAGUUGUGUAUAGAACUGUUUUGUGUUGCAUGGAAAUAUUCUGUCAGCUUUUUGAAGUCACUAAGUGUUCUUGAUUAUCAGCUUGAAGGUAUUUUUGUAUUACAAGUUGACAGUUGCUGGGUAUAGUGGCUCAUCCCUAUAAUCCUAGCAAUUCAGGGGGCUGAAGUUGGGAGGAUUGCUUGAGCCCAGGAAUUUGAGACCAGCCUGGGCAACACAGCAGGACCCCAUCUCCACAAAAGUGAAAAAACUAUAUCUGACCGUGAUGGCUCAAGUCUGUAGUCCCAGCUACUUGGAAGGAUCACUUGAAUGUAGGAUCAACUGAGUCUAGGAGUUCGGGGCUGUAGUGAGGUGUGAUCUGCAGCUGUAGUCAUAGCUCUCCACAGCUAUGAUCAUAGCUCACUGCAGCUGGCAGCCAUGAUCAUGCCUCUGCACUCCAGCCUGGGCAACAGAACGAGACCACAUCUUUUAGAAAAACAAAGUUGAUAGUUAAAGAACAUAAGUGGAUGAUGGCAUUUGAGGCCGCUAGUGAAAGUAUGUUUUCUCUAAAAUAUUUCUCUAAUAGUGAUAUAAAUGGCUAUUUUAUUAUGAUGUUUGUAUGUGUUUUGUAUUUCUCUGUAAACCAUGCUCCAGUGUUUGUUUUUCUGUGACCGUAUUGUAAGAGAAAGUCCAGGAACAGAGACUAAAUCCCACGAAACUGACAUUGUUAAACAUACUAAAACAAAAGUACUCAAUCUCUGGAAGAUUUAAUAUAUGAUGGUUGACAUGAUACAUGUACAUGAUAAGUGACCAGAUGCUUAUGGUCUACAUUUUCCCUUAUGCUGUUAGUAUUACCUUCCUUAGUCUUUGUUCAUUAACAUGCUAAUUCCUCUUCGGUGUUUAUUUUCUACUGACAGAAUGCUAACAUUUCUUACACCCUGGCAGAAGGGAGAGGAAUGUGCUUUGGGGUGGGUAACUAAAUUUUUGAGUGAAAUAUCAUAAGAUGAAAAUGAAAAGAGGGAGACACAAAAAGAGUCAUAACAAAAAACAAUUGGGUUUUUUUAGCCAUUUUAACUGGCUGUUUAAAUAGUCUACAAGACAUUCAUGUUUAACAUUACUUUUAGUGAAAUGAAAUGUGCUAUACUAGUAUAUGCUUUAAAAGGGAAAUGUGCUUUAGUGGCUUAAGGCUAAAUUUUGGUCAUUUGACAUCAGGGAUGUCAUAAGUAUUGCACUUAAUACAUGCCUAUUUCUCAUCAGUGUUAUUUUUCGUGCCAGCGUUUUCUUCUCCAUUAUCUUGUUGAUUGCUUUUUGUUCUCUGAGGUUGAAACAUGACAGUGCUUAUCUCAGCCAGAUUACCCACCUGCAGAAUUAAGGAAAGCAAUUUAUGUAUGAAAGAAAUUCUCAAAUUCGUCAUUCUCAACAUUUGAAUUAAAGCUAGACUAAAUAAUAAUAUAUCGUGGGAAUGAUUUUGGUUUUGUGAUAUUUUUGUGAAUUAAGGAAUAGAUGUUAACCAUUAUUUUAUAGGAAAGUGAUUUGUAUGUGGUUAAUUACAAAUAAAACUGGUACCAGAA